ACUGGACUGCCAGCUGCGCCACGUACGGGGAACCGAACCACCCUCCAGGGCAGCUCCUGUCAUCGAGUUGGCUACUCCCGGCACUCACUGGCAUGCAGCAUGUCAGGCGAGAAGAAAUCCUGGCCGAAACUGCGAUCUCCUUUCCGAAGGACUGUCCCUCACGAAACCUCACGAAAACGCUCUGAUACUCUGGGUAACAGCAAAAUCUCCAAUACCACUCUCAGUUCCGUUAUUGUCCCAGUGUUCGAAGUUGAACCCCGUAAAACAUCCCAACAUGUCACUCAUACCGAAAACGUGCGAUCCUUUUCAACGGAAGAGUCAUGUGUAUCACAUCCACAGAAUUCGUUGGCGAGUCAUGGAGACAGCUAUGACUCCAGCUGGAGUGCUCAGACGAGUUGUACUACUCCAGGCGCUAAUCUCGGCUCUUUUUCUGGUCAAGCAGUUUUGCCUGCCGGAAAAUGUUCUCCUAGAAUAAGCGGAGAUCUUGAGGGAAGGCUAGGUAAUGCAUAUCGCCACAUUCAAAACAUGCCCCCCUCGCCAAUAUCACCCACUAUUAGUCAAUUGACUGGCGAUCCUCGCACGUAUCAUAAACAACUAGGAGUGCCCCAGCAUUCGGUCAUUAACCAGCCAACGCUAGAGAUGCCGAGCCUUCCGAAUCCUUAUGCGGCGCAUGCAAGAUCACGUUCACAACCCCUUCCGUCAUCGUUCCCCUUUGAAUCUCUACCUACGUCAUGGACUUGGGACGAUGCACCUGAACCGAGUAGUGCUCCCCGAUUUCGUCAUGUUCAAAUCAAGGCACAGUAUCACCAACCGCAAAUCGAUAUUAAUGACCAUCCUAAUAAUCGCCGUUCGACAACGACUUCAGUUCAUUCCUCCCAAACCUCGCCCCCCAUGAUCCUCGGCCCCGUAAAACCUAUCCGCCGGUGCCGUCGCACCGUUAUCGCCGCAGUCAGAGGAUGGCCAUAUUACAUCAGAGCUUCCCCUACGAAGGAGGUCAAAGUUGAUCAAGCGACAACCAGCAGCACUGUUGCAUGUUUCAAGUCCAUCCCAAUUGUCAUAUUGCAUUACCUCGGAGGAGACCCGUACCGCAGAGGAUGGCCAUAUCACCAGAUCCCCGCUUCCAAAGAGGUCAAAGUUGAUCAAGCGGCGCUCGCCGGUCCCCCAUGUCCCAAGUUCACCCCCCUCAUCAUCAUACUACAUCGCGUCAGAGGAGACUAAUACUCCUCCAUCCAACCAAGAAUCAAACUCCAAUAAGGACGUCCGUAACCAAAGUCUUCUGCCACUCGUUAGGCCUCCAUCGCCACUACGGCUAGACAUACCGAUACAUCAGCCAUGGCAUGA